AUGGGAAGCUCUUUCUCGGUGCAAACUAAAGCCAACCGCCGACGUUCAAACCGGCUAUCAAAGCCACCACAGAAUCAAGCAGCUCCAGGCUGUUCUAGCUCACACUCACUGCAUCAGCCUGGCGAUCAAGCUUUUUCGCUCCCAUCAACUCCGACAGAAUGGCAGAACCCUUGGACUGGCGCUCCUGUUGCUGUCUCUGAUGACUUCGGGUCACACAAUCUACGGUCACAGUCUUUAUCUGCUAAGCCAUUGCGACGCGAAACGACAUGGAAGUCCAAAAGGCUGCCUGUUGCUGAGCGAGGUAUUCACACUGCAGCCGGUAUAUGGCCACCGCCGCAUGCUUCUCCCACUCCCACCCCAACCAGGAGAGGCUCGUUGUACGGACGAACUUCCUUUCACCCUUCUGAAGUCGUCACUUUCCAACCGACGACUCUUCAAAGCAAUCCUCAGUCCCCAUUAAUUGGGCAGCCAAAAAGAUCUUAUUCCGUUCACUCCCCGUCUCAGAGAGCCCGGAGCGCCGUCCAACAGCGACAUACCCUUGAUAGAUUCGCUUCAUUCAAUUCUCAUACAAGGGUAAAAUGCCAGGAGGUACCUCAGAUACGGCGACGUUCUCUGCUCGUGCGGCCUGGAGUUGCUACAAGAAAAGCAACAAAAAAGGCUACCCCCGUGUCCUCGGAAUUUUGUCAUGAUGCCAUUGUUUCACCUGAUCCAAGUAACGCACUAUCUGAGCCUGGGUUGCCGCCUUGGCACACUCAUGUGGAUGUCUUGUUUAGUGACGUGAAGGCUUUCUCUCAGUUACGUCCAGCUACGCCCAGCGAUUUGGGAUACACUCACUUAGGAUCCCUCAAACUGGGAUCUCUUCAUGUGGUUAAUGGAUCCGCAUCCCCUUGUCCGAGCGACCGGUCACAGUUGGAGCACUCAGAAAGCCUCACUUCGGAAACCAUCCCUGAUGAUGUUGACGCAACGGAUCUUUCGGGCGCGGUUAAGGUUGCAGAACAGGUGUCGCGGUCGGCCUCAUUGGACGGCCUAGAGAUGUACGCGAAAUAUUAUGCAAUCCUUGACACUCCCAGAGGUCUCGAUAAUGCUGUGAGUGAUAUAUCUGGUAAAGCAGAGAAAUCGCACCUCGACGUGCUACCUUAUCCAAGCCCCUCGGCAAGAAACGGUAUACGGACAGGUAUACUGAACACCUCAUGUGCUGUCGCAGAAAGGGAUAAUGUCGACUUCCCUGCUAGUCCUUUCUCCUUUGAGAAACCACCUACAUCCAUAUUAGGUCACGGGAUAGAGGGCCAUGGAACCGACGACGAGGGCGUUUCGGUUCACGAUAGGGAAGGUGCCGUCGUUUUAUUACCUGACAAGGUUCCAGAGAGACAUCUCAGUUAUAGCAGUUGCGCAAGUUCGCACAGAAGAGGCGACAGCGGCUAUAGCUCCGCCACCUCACACCGGAAUUCGCUUGAUUCACAUACAUCUCUGCAGCGCUCUCCGGGCUUCCGGAGAUUCACUCUCGAGGAUUGCUACAAAAAUUUGAAUUCGCGCGAUUUAUGUACGGCGGCGACAGCCAGUAUUCAGCCUUUCAACAACCAUGAUCCUGGUCUCCAGAACCAUAAAUCAAACGUUCGACAGGUCUUGCGGAACCGACCAGCGAGCAUACCCCGGGCGCAACGUGGUCAGCCGCAGAUUAUAGCAAGCAGCCGGUCAAGGGGGCUAUCAUUUCCAGUACCUAGGAGUUCAGAUAGCACAUAUCCCGUCCCGUUACAUUCCACCCAACCAGGUAGCCUUUCCUACGCAACAGCAGGACUACCUUUUCCUACUACACUACAUACUAUCGAUUCCGGAAUGGGGCAGGAGUACGGAACAUCCCGUCCAAACUGCAAUUUGGAUAGUUUAUGUCAGUAUGCGGCCAUAUCUACCUCAGGAUAUUGCGGUUCCCGAGUUGAUAUUCGCGAAAGGACAGACUUCAGCGACAACACUGCAGCCCUAUUCACUAGCCAUCACGCCAUGCGCAAUCAGAAUUGUUCCAUCAAUUCACAUCCCGCAGAACCAGAAGGAUGUCAAACGGGCACUGCAACGCUAUCAUACCCGUCUUACAGCAGCGCUGCGAAAGCGGACAACUUGCCCCCUAUGCCUGGCAAUGCCUUUUCUCCUCUCUCACUGCCAGACCAAAAGAGCACUAAGUUUGCAGUUGAGCCACCGCGCGGUCGAACGCGCAGUCGGAGCAUAGGAUAUCAAUACCGCGAGCCUUCUGGGCAGAGAAUUGCCAACUUGGCGGCAGUUUUCGCAUGAUCCUCGCAUUGCACAUUCAAUCUUCAACCUUGAGUAUUUUCUUUCGUAAUAAAACCCUGUCGUCGGCGGCGGCGGCGUCUGUCUUUCAUGCUUGGUUCUAGGUAUACCCUUCAUGGAGUCCCGGCUUUCAGUAACCAUUCCCUCGUUCCUUGACCCUGGCGGUUUUUUUUUACUAGCCUUCUUAUCUUCACUCACGAUCAAUCAUUCACAAUCAA